CAUACACCCCCAUUUAUUAUAAUAUUUUCUCGCAUUCUCCGCUCCUCUGUCUCAGUCUCUCUAUAAAAACUCUGAAAACAAGAGCAUCUGUACAUUCCUGCAAUUCCCAGAAUUCAAGCCAUGGGAUUCUUCAGCACUGAAAGCAAGAAAGUCUACCAGCCCGCCGGAGCUGUCGAUCUCAGCUCCGACAGCAAUGAGACGUAUCUCCGAGCGAAUGUCAAAGCUCCUCGCCUUGCCGGACUUGUGGUGAAGAUUUUUGUGUGGAUUUUGGAGUUGAGGAUUUUGGGUCCACUCGUAGUGUACAUAUUGAAGAGAGACAAUUUGAUCCACAAGCUUAUCUCCUUUGCAGAAAUGGAGGAGCCGCCCGCAUUUUUACCUGAGCACCUUUGUGAAGAUAUUGAAGAGCGAGAGAGCAGUUUUGUAGAACGUGAUUUAUCUCCAUCCGAUCAAGUUCAGCAAGCAGUGCAGUGCUUGCCUCUCCAGUCAGAAACAGUAGUAGGUGAUCCAGCAUCCAGUUUCCGACGCUGGACAAUACAAGAUUAUGCGAGAGCCUAUAGUUCGAGAGCAACAACUCCCCUUGUGGUCGCAGAGCGAUUUAUAACUGCAGUCAAGGACUCCUCCAAGCCUGACCUGCAAAUGUCAUUCUUUAUUAAUCAUUAUGUCGAAGAUAUUCUCCGACAAGCCACUGAGUCAACUCUUCGAUAUGAGAAAGGCAAACCAAUCUCAGUUUUGGAUGGGGUUCCAAUUGCUGUCAAGGAUGAGAUAGAUUGCAUGCCCUAUCCAACUACAGGUGGUACCAAGUGGUUGCACAAUAUGAGAAAUUGUAAAAAUGACGCAUGUUGUGUCUCGCGCCUGAGGUCAUGCGGUGCAAUAAUCGUUGGGAAAACCAACAUGCACGAGCUUGGUCUUGGGACAAGUGGGAUCAAUCCUCAUUAUGGGGUUGCUAGAAAUCCUUAUGAUACAAGUAAGGUAGCUGGAGGUUCUUCUAGUGGUUCUGCUGCAGUGGUCUCUGCAGGGCUGUGCCCUGUUGCUCUUGGUGUCGAUGGAGGAGGUUCCGUGAGAAUGCCUGCCGCUCUAUGUGGUGUAGUCGGUUUCAAGCCAACUUUCAGGCGCAUACCUCACUCAGGUGUUCUUCCUCUGAAUUGGACCGUUGGAAUGGUUGGGAUAUUGGCGGCGACAGUUGAAGAUGCAUUGAUUGCUUAUGCGGCCAUGAGCGGUGACCUUCCAUCAAAUGAACCUACUGCUUUGCUGCCUAGAGUGAAUAUUCCACUGCUCAAGUCAACACAUUCCAUUUCUAAUGUCAAGCUCGCAAAAUAUGGGGAGUGGUUUAAUGAUUGCAAUGAUGAGAUUAGAAGCUGUUGUAACCAAGCUUUGGAUCGGUUGUGUAUGCAAUAUGGAUGGAAGACUAUGGAGGUGACUGUACCAGAGAUAGAAGUGAUGCGUCUGGCUCAUUAUUCAACAAUUGGCUCUGAAUGCACUGCUUCAUUGGGUCCUCUUCUUGAGAAGCUGAAUAUCAAGGAAUCAGGAUGGGAUGCGAGAGUAGCUCUUCGUAUCUAUCGUUCUUUUAGCAGCAAAGAGUAUCUGAAUGCCCAGAGAAUUAGGAAUCGUCAAAUGCACUUCCAUAUGAAGAUUUUUAAGAAGGCAGAUGUUAUUGUCACACCUACAACAGGUGUAACGGCAUACCCUAUAAAAAGUGAUGCUCUGAAGUACGGCGAACUUGACUAUAUAAAUGGAGCUGCACUUGUUAGGUUCCAGAUAGCAGGAAACUUUCUUGGAUUGCCUGCAGUGACUAUUCCGAUUGGGUAUGACAAGUUGGGAUUGCCGAUUGGCCUCCAGUUUAUUGGCCCACCAUGGUCUGAAGCAACCUUACUCCACCUCGCUUUUGCAAUUCAGGGUUUGUGCAUCGGAAGCUACAGAGAGCCAAAAGUUUUCUAUGAUCUGCUCAAGGAAUAGCUGAAAUACACAUCACCUGUUGAAUUAUGCAAUAGAAUACAAAUGAAAUGAACAAGCUUUUCCUUUUUCUCAUUAGAAAAUGGCAUUUAAUCAGGCGAGGAAAAUGCCCAAGUUGUAAUUAGUAUAAUACGUACCAAAGAACUGUUUCAUUUGUUCCUUCUUCUUUUUCAUUUUAUGUCUGUCCAUCUUCGUAAUAUGAGUUAAAUAAAUGAGAAUACAAGUUAAAGAAC